ACAAACAUGGCAGCGCCUGAAAGGUAAGGCAGGCACGUGGGUUGUGUUUUUGUUGGGUGGCAGCUGAUGCCGGGUGGUCUCAUGGGCGAUGUUAAAAGCGUUGGCCCGUUUAGCAGGACGUGCCUGCAGUGCGGCAAGCCGUCCAAGUAUUGCUGUCCAAAAUGUUCAGCCCGAUCGUGUUCCCUGCCCUGCGUGAAGCAGCACAAGAAGAUCGGCGAGUGCGAUGGAGUCCGCGACAAAACAGCUUACAUCGCGUUGGACGGGUUCACAGACUUGGAUCUCCUCAGCGAUUAUCGGUUUCUUGAAGAGUCUGCCAGGAUCGUUGACAGUGCAUGCAGAACCAAGCCAGCAUUGGGUGUGUAUCCGCAACAGAAGAGCCUGCCAGGAUUCCUGCACAAGUUCCAGGCAGAGUGCAGGCGACGUGGCAUUAUACUCAAGUUGUUGCCUCGCUGCUUCACAAAGCGUCAGGAGAACAAGUCGCAGUACAACUUCCGUGAGCGCUGUAUUUACUGGCAUGUGGCUUGGGUCUUCCCUGCUGCUAAUAUCAAGGUCCAUGAAAGCCAGAGGGUGCACGAGAAGGAAAGCCUGGCAAAGUGCCUUGAGAAGCACCUAACCUUAGAAACAUGUCGGCCAGAGUUGAGGGGCCCACUGCAACCUUACAUAGCAGCUGGAAUGCAGGGCGUCUCCAUCCUCCUGUCCGUUGAAGGAAAACCGGCUGCCGACAAGUGCUAUUACAACCUAGACUUGUCAGUGAGCCUGGAGGCCUGCCUGAAAGGAAAAGUCGUUGUGGAAUACCCAACUUUCACGGUUGUUCUCACAGAAGACUUGUCUCAGUUCAACCUCAUUAGUCCAGAGCCAUCUGGAAGUCAUGGUGGCACAAAUUUGCCUGCUUUUUUCAAUACAGAUAGUUUGGCUGGGUGUGAGAAUGAAUGAAAGUGCAAAUGGACAUCAACACAUCUAGGCUGUCUCCCUGUUAAAGAGUCAUGUAAAAAUGUAUAAUAAAAGCUAAUGCAAGUGUACCUUAAA